AUGCAUCUUCUCAGAGUCGAUAAGCUCGCAGAUGCCGAAUUUAUUGACAAACGACUGGCUACGGCUAUUUCCCACGAGUCGAUUUCAAGUGAGGCAAAUAAGCGCCCAGAUGUCGUGAAGAUGGAAAAGUUCCUGGAGGAAGAGCUGGGCAAAAAUUUCGGUGCCGAAGUGCAACCAUAUUGCAUGGGCAAGCAAAAGAAAAAGAACCCAACAGACCCAGACCUCGAUCUGCCCCCGAUUCUUGUGGCCUGGUACCCCCCGAGAACCAGCGCUUCAAAUGACAAGAAAACCCUUCUCAUAUAUGGCCACUAUGAUGUUCAGCCAGAGUUGACCGGUUGGUCGUACCCGGCCUUUCAGCUUACCAGAGUCCAAGGCCCUAAUGGGGAGCGACUAUACGGACGGGGCUCUACUGAUGACAAGGGACCGGUUCUGGGAUGGCUCAAUGCGAUUGAAGCCCACAAGAAUGCCGGAGUUGAAAUUCCUGUCAAUCUCAUCUUCUGCUUUGAAGGCAUGGAAGAAAGCUCGUCGGAGGGAUUCACUGCUUUUCUUGAGAAAUAUGGCAAUGAUCUCUUCAAAGACGUGGACGGAGGUGUUAUUGCCGACAAUUACUGGAACACCGCCAAAUGCCCAUGUCUGACCUAUGGGCUUCGAGGCAUCAACUACUUCAGGGUCGCCAUCACGGGCGCCCCCAAGCAGCUUCAUAGCGGCAUCUAUGGAGGUGCUGUUGCCGAGCCUAUGACAGACCUGUUUAGUCUUUUUUCGAAAUUAGUCAAUAACGAGGGGCAGAUUCUGAUACUUGGCAUCAAUGACCAGGUAGAACCGCUCACCGAAAAAGAGAAGGAACUGUACAAGAAAGUCCGUUUCACGUUGAAGGAUUUCACCGACGCAAUCGGCGAUACAAAAGUGCCGCUCUACCAGGACCCAAUUGACAUCAUGAUGCACCGGUGGAGAUAUCCAUCGCUCUCGAUCCACGGAAUCAACGGGGCGGAUGCAAGCGACGACCCAGGCACGGCAAUCCCGAGCAAAGUGACAGGCGCGUUCUCCAUCAGAACCGUGCCAAACAUGGACAGCCAAACCGUCAAUGACACGGUGACAAAGUAUCUCCAAGAUGAAUUCAAAAAGCUUGGCAGUAAAUGUCAAAUCAGCAUAGGGGUUUUCCCCGAACACGUUCCAUUCUGGAGGGCCAACUACGAGGAUCCCAAUUUCACAGCGGCUGCCAAAGCUACCAACGAGGUUUACAAGACUGAUCCAGACUACACUCGAGAGGGUGGAAGUAUCGGUGUUGCAUUGUAUCUCCAGAAUAUUCUGGACAAAAAGAGUCUUCUGUUGCUCCCGAUGGGUGCGUCGGAUGACGGACCUCAUGGGCCCAACGAGAAAAUCGACAGAAGAAACUACAUCGAGGGAACGAAGCUGUUUGGUGCCUACUGGCAUUUCUUUGCUGGGAAGAUUUAG